CGCAAGCGCAAAGGCAUCACUCCACUGUCAACAUGGCGCUAGCAAAGUCGGUGUACAAUCUGCUCUUCAGGAGAACGUCCACUUUCGCCGUCACCAUCAUGGUCGGCGCUGUCUUCUUCGAGCGAAUAUUUGACCAAGGCGGAGACGCGAUCUUUGAGCAAAUGAAUCGCGGGAAACUAUGGAAACACAUCCAACACAACUACGAGAGCAAGGAGGAAUAAUGGGGACACCGCUUUGCAGAGGCUGAAGGUGACAUCAUCCUGCCUGCUUGGACUUCACACACUUAUCCACCACCGAACUAAAUAACAUGGACCGAUGUGCUUCAAAUCGGGCCCAAAGUUUGAGCAGACCACCGCCAAGAUAGAGCAGUGGACCCCCGCCACUUCAUUCUCCCCACUCCUGUCAUUUGUGCUGCGAUUAUUGUCAUCCCCCCAUAUUGUAAAUGAUUAAACAUGUUGCUGUCAA